AUGAAUAACAUCAGGAACGGGAGGCAGCCAUUGCUAUGCUCAAUCCGAGGGAGGGACCGCAUAGUCUGCUGCGUGAACUCCUGGUACCAACCACGACCCACAAGCCACGUCCCGAGACCCGCAGUCACUGUACCAGCAACGCCUACAACUGUACCUAGGACCCCGGUCAACUAUUACCAAAGACCCACCACAACUACACCUAGACCUAAGAAUCCUCAAAAUGGCUGCGGGCCUAUUUCACCACAAUUGACUGCACCCAAAACUGGCCGCAAAGCAUGGGACAAAUGCAUUGAAUAUCAAGAAAAACUGAUAUAUCCUUGCGUCAGGGGUGCCGCGUUCACUGAUGGCAUGGUUCGUGCGCGCCGGUGCUACCACAGCAUGGAUGAGCUGAUCGUUGGUGGACUUAGUGCCGCCAGAAGAGAAUUUCCGCACAUGGUUUUACUUGGCUUAGGUUCAAAUCCUCAAACAGCGUCCUGGGCCUGCGGAGGAACCCUGAUCAGCGAACGCUUCAUCUUGACCGCUGCUCACUGCACAAUGGCCAAUCGCGCUUACGUGAGCUUCGCUCUACUUGGAGUCUUAAACAGAUCUGAAAGGAUCAACACCUCCAACCUCUACAGGAUCAAGAGGAUAAUCAAGCAUCCCAGAUACAACUCCCCAUCCAAGUACAACGAUAUAGCCUUGCUUGAAACCGAAAGGGAAAUUAAACUGAGCGAGGAUGCUGUGCCGGCGUGCCUCCCCGUAGACACAACAGCUCCCGACGAAAAAGCUAUAGCUACUGGGUGGGGGGCGACCGGCUACACGGGAUCGAAUUCUGAUUCUUUACAGAAGGUGAUAUUGAAGAAGUUCCCCGAAUACGAGUGCAAGUUGAAAUACGAAUCGAAGGACUCCUGCCAGGGUGACAGCGGGGGCCCGCUGCAGGUGAAAAACAACAGGAUUAACUGCAUGUACACCAUAAUUGGUAUCACAUCGUUCGGCAACAAAUGCGGGAUCGUGGGGGGAGCCGGGAGUCUACACGAAGGUCUCCGCGUAUGUGCCGUGGAUAGAGAGCAUUGUGUGGCCAUAGGGAUCUUCGUUGAUGAUGCUGGGCUGUUGAUCGGUCCCGACUACGGUGACCAAUUCUGA